AUGCAUCCAGAUGACUUGGUAAUUAUGCGACGGGCGACCGAAGUGGCUGCCAAUUUCUUAUCCAACUUCAUUUUGUCGCGAGUGGAAGAUGAGGUGAAACGCCGGGAUUUCGUCGUCUGCUUGGAGCAAUUGCUGGCCAGUCGUUUGGAACAUCAUUGGUAUCCGGAGCAUCCGAGCCGAGGGCAAGCUUACCGCUGCAUCCGACUCAAUCCAUCCAGCGGUCGAGAAGCUCUGAUUGAGACGGCCGUCAUCGUGGCCGGUCUGACUUACGCCGACAUUCAACUGCCCUUGGAACUGACCGUCUGGAUCGAUCCCGACAGCGUGGCCUACCGAUUCGGCGAGAAUGACGGAUCGCAUUGUACUCUGCUAUCCUUCGACGAUCAAUUCGAGCCUUUGAAUAAUAAGACGACGACGACGACGACUCCUCCUCAAACACCAAUAAAAGGAGACGGACGAGAGUGCCGGGCAUGUCAGAUUGUUUUCCAGCAGCACAGUUGUUGUGCUCCAUGUCCGGCAUUGUCUCAUAGUACAACUUAUAUCGAGCAAUAUAGAUGCCAGGGCUGA